AUGAAGUUGUUCCAAGCUCUGAACGCCCUACUCGUGGGCGUCACUGGCACCUACGCUGCAGGUCAUAGCUCGGCACCACUGGUAUCAGCCGCCGGCGAUAUUGUCGACGUUCCUGGUUGGCACAUACAGUCCAGUCUCGAUGCAUCAAAAGAUAUUCCUCAGCUGUCACAGCCUGGGGUAGAUGUGUCGAAAUGGCAUCGCAUCGGUUCACGAGGCACCGUCAUGGCUGGGCUAAUUGAGGCUGGCGUGUACAAUGACGAGCAGCUGUUCUAUUCCAACAACCUGGACAAGCUUGCUUCAAAUCAAACCUUUCGGUCUCCAUGGCUGUAUCGAGAGGAAUUCACUCUCCAGCCUGAUGAGCAACAGUAUUUUACACUGCACACGCACGGCAUCACAUCCAAGGCAGACAUUUAUCUUAACGGAGAAUUGAUUGUGGGAAGCGACACGCAGCAAGGCUCGUAUGGAGGUCGUCGAUACAAUGUGACCAAACACGUCCGAAAAGGACCAAACUGCUUGCUCAUCCAAGCCUAUCCGACCAACUAUCUCCGCGAUUUUGCCUUGGGGUUCGUGGACUGGAAUCCAUACCCUUCAGAUAACGGAACGGGAGUCUGGCGAGCAGUGGAGAUCUCGCAGUCCGGGCCAGUCUCAAUGUCGCCUUUCCGCGUGCAGACUGAUCUAAAAGAUCCAAUGAAAAACCAAAAAGUUCAAGUGACUUUGUUCACGGACUUGAGCAAUGCGAGCAAGAACAUGAUUAAGGGGACAGUGAAUGCAACUAUUGUGCCCCCACCGGGGUCUAAAGCUGGCUCACUAGCCCAGUCUUUUGAGCUGCAACCCGGUGAGAGAAAAACCAUUUCUCUCACAACCACGAUUAAGAAUGCGGCAAUCUGGUGGCCCGCCACAUGGGGCGAUCAGCCUCUCUACACCAUUCAAGGCGAAGUACGCACCAACGGAAAAGCCAUGACCGUAUCAGACAAGACCCGUGCCCAGCAGUUUGGGAUUCGGACAGUUUCAUCGCAUGUGAACAAACACAACGAUACUGCCUUUGCUGUCAAUGGCCGGUCAUUCCAGGUGAUGGGGGGAGGCUACGGGCCCGACAUGUUUAUGCGAUUUGAUGAGGCUCGGAUGGAAAAGAUUUUCCAGUACAUGCUUGACAUGGGCUUAAAUACUCUUCGUUUGGAAGGGAAACAGGAGCAUCCUGCGCUGUACGAGCUGGCUGAUCGAAUGGGUAUAAUGAUCCUUGCCGGCUGGGAGUGCUGCGACAAGUGGGAGGGCUGGGAGUACAACGAUGAGGCAAAUGGUGUGAAAUGGGGGAAUGCCGACUACCCGGUCGCCCAAGCAGCAAUGCUUCAUGAAGCAGAGAUGAUGCAAGCACAUCCAUCAAUGCUCGGGUUCCUUGUUGGAUCUGACUUCUGGCCUAAUGAUCGUGCUACAAAGAUCUACCUGGAGGCACUGAGACAGAUGAACUGGAAUAAUCCUGUGAUAGCCUCUGCCAGUAAGCGCGGCUACCCAGAUGCCCUUGGUCCCUCAGGCAUGAAGAUGGACGGUCCAUACGACUGGGUGCCUCCGAACUAUUGGUACGGCGAUCAAGAAGGCGCGGCAUUUGGAUUCGGGUCCGAGCUCGGAGCAGGAGUUGGAACCCCCGAGCUGAAUAGCCUCAAACGAUUUAUGUCCGACAAGGAGCUCGAACGCCUGUGGACGGAGCCCAAGGCCAACCAAUUCCAUAUGUCUCGCUAUGACUCUCAAUUCUACGACCGCUCCAUUUACAACAACGCCCUCUUCGCUCGCUACGGGAAACCCACAGAUCUUGAAGACUAUAUUCUGAAAUGCCAGAUGGCCGACUAUGAAGCGACCCGCGCUCAGUUCGAGGCAUACUCCGCCAAGCAAAAUGCAUCACGACCUGCGACUGGAUCGAUCUACUGGAUGCUGAACAGUGCGUGGCCGAACCUCCACUGGCAGCUCUUUGACUACUAUCUGAGUCCAAUGGGGGCCUACUUUGGCACGAAAAUUGGCAAUCGGAAAGAGCACGUCGCGUACGAUUACGAGAAAAAGACCGUGUGGUUGAUCAAUCACUCUGUGGAUCUCACAGGCGACAGACAAGUCUCCAUCGAUCUCAUCGACACAAAUGGAAAGAAUAUUUCAGGCUCAACGUUCAAUGCCCACACCACUCCCAACUCGUCCAAAAAAGUGGGAUCCGUCAGCGGGGCUAAUCGAAUCAAAGACGUCGCCCUCUUGCGUCUGACUCUCCGCGACACCAAGACAAAUCAGCAACUGAGUCGAAACGUGUACUGGCUCUCAACACAAAAAGACGUACUUGAUUGGGACAAUUCUACCUGGUAUACCACCCCCGUGACCGAAUACGCCAACUUCAAAAAGCUCGAGAGUCUCUCCUCCGCGACUGUGAAGGCUACCGUAAGGAACGACCAGGUUAAGACUCAAGAUGGCCUGACGAGCGCAGAUGUUCAGCUUGAGAACACUUCUGAUGUGCCAGCCGUAUUUGUCAAAAUUCAUGCAGUUGAUUCAUCGACUGGCACGGCCAUUGCGCCCCUCUUUUGGUCGGAUAACUACGUGACCCUUUGGCCUAAGGAAAAACUGACCAUUUCCGUCCGGUUUGAGGGCAAUCUCAACAAGACUGUAUUCGAGCUGUCUGGUCGAAACGUUGAGAAAGUGAAGUUGCAGAGUGGGGAAUAA